CACGUCAAAACUGUGGUUCUUUUUGUAAUUUGUACAAAGUAAAAUUUCGUGUCUAUUUCGUUGCGUUGCUAAUUUUUAAGUAUUUCAGUAUUUGGGAAAUGGAUUCACUAAUGGAACCUACUUUAUACACUGUCAAAGGCAUGUGUAUUCUAGACAACGAUGGCAAUCGAAUAUUGGCAAAGUAUUACGAUAAAAAUGUUUUCCCCACUGUGAAAGAACAGAAAGCAUAUGAAAAAAAUCUCUUCAACAAAACGCAUCGAGCAAAUGCCGAAAUUAUCAUGCUUGAUGGACUUACGUGUGUAUACAAAAGUAAUGUUGACCUGUUCUUUUAUGUUAUGGGCAGCACACACGAAAAUGAGUUAAUAUUAUUAUCGGUGCUGAACUGCCUUUUCGACACGGUGACAAUGAUUUUAAAGAAAAACGUCGAGAAGAGAGCGGUUCUGGAAAAUCUGGAUAUUGUCAUGCUGGCCUUUGAUGAGAUUUGCGAUGGGGGCAUAAUUCUCGAUGCCGAUCCGUCUUCGGUAGUAAAACGAGUGGACUUGCGAAACGAUGACAUUCCAAUAGGAGAACAAACUGUUGCACAGGUUCUCCAAUCCGCUAGAGAACAGCUAAAAUGGUCACUGCUGAAGUAACUAGUUUUGUUAUGGGGAGAUCAUUCGCAGCGUAAUCUUAUUUUUGAUGAAGCGUUACGCUUUGAUAGCUAAACGAGAAAUAUAUUGAAUACAUUUGAAAUUUAUCUAUAACGACA